AUGUAUGAAAUAACUAACGCUUUUCUCUCAGAUAUCUCUGACCGCACUGAGCUGAAAGACAAGAAGAAACCAGGAAAGAUCUUCAGAUCUGCUUUUGGUCUCCUCCUAAUACUUGGUGUUUUAUUAACACUCUGUGUUGUAGGGAUCCUUUAUCACAACAAAGUGGUUUCAUAUGAGAUAUUAAGUGAGCAGUAUUCUAAUGUUACUGAAACAUUGAUGACGCAGGAACAUGAAGUCAAGGAGAUAGAAAAACUGUAUGAAGCACUGAAGGUGAAGCAUCUGCAAGUUCAGGAAGAUCUCGUUGCAUGCAGUGCAAAUAAAAACAGUGGACAAUGUGAGGAAGGAUGGAAGUCUCUUGGUUUAAAAUGUUACUACUUCUCCAGUUCUAAACUGAACUGGGAACAGUGUAGAGAUUACUGUGUGGAGAAAGGAGGCCACAUGGUGAUUAUAACCAGCCAAACUGAACAGGAUUUUGUAGUUUCACAAAUUGGAGGAGAAACACACUGGAUUGGUUUGAAUGACUUGGAGACUGAAGGACAGUGGAUGUGGGUGAACAACAAGCCUUUAAAGGAGACAGGUGUAACAUUCUGGUUUAGUGCUCCCGGGAGACCUGAUGAGCCUGAUAACUGGAAAGAGGAGGACCCUUCUGGAGAGAACUGUGCUGCUCUGGGUCAUGCUACUGGUGAAACAGAUCAAUGGUUUGAUGUUUCUUGUAGUAGAAUCAAAAAGUGCAUCUGUGAAAAGUAAAAGACUUUUCUUUUUACGUACAUUUGUGCCUGCAA